GGACUGAGGAGUCCUAGAGUCACACAGACCUUCCUGCUCUCUGAAGAGUGUAUUUGGCUUCAGGGUGAUGAAAAGACUUAGAUCCCUAUCCACAGAUCUCUUUCCAUCUCUUCUGGUUUAUGUUUAGAGGUCAUCACAUCAUCAGUAAAAGAUGACUGACAAUUUUCCAUCACUUGUGCUUGUUUAUGAUGUAGAAAGACUUGAGACAGUCUGAAGGUUUGAACAGUCCAAUGAGUGUUCUCAUCAUCGAGGCAUUUUAUGGAGGCUCCCAUCGACAGCUGGUACAGUUACUCCAAGAAGAAUUAGACCAUUGUGUCCUCUACACCCUUCCUGCAAAGAAAUGGCAUUGGAGAGCACGGACAGCAGCUUUAUACUUCUCACAGAGUAUUCCCAGCAGCGAGCACUACAGGACCCUCUUUGCAAGCUCAGUACUUAACCUGACUGAACUGGCUGCCCUUCGGCCUGAUCUGGGCAAACUGAAGAAGAUCUUGUAUUUCCAUGAAAACCAGUUGGUAUAUCCUGUCCAGAAAUAUCAAGAGAGGGAUUUUCAGUAUGGAUACAACCAAAUUCUCUCAUGUUUGGUGGCUGAUGUGGUGGUAUUCAAUUCCUUUUUUAAUAUGGAAUCGUUUCUUACUUCCAUUGGAAAAUUCCUGAAGCUGAUUCCUGAUCAUAGACCUAAGGAUCUGGAAAGCAUAAUCAGACCCAAGUGUCAGGUUAUUUAUUUUCCCAUCAGGUUUCCUGAUGUAAGCAGAUUCAUGCCCAAGCACAAAAUAGCCCACUUAAGGAAGAUGCUCGGCCUUAGUGGAAAUGGUGUUGCAGCUCUGCCGGUGAUGCUUCCUUCCCAACCAGAGCAGAGGGAUUCUAAGAAGUUACCGGGGAAUAUGAAAUCCAAGUCUGAUGAACACCCUGGCCUUGAUGCUGGACAAGAAACCCUGGACAACCCAACCCAGAAAUCAGACUUAGAGAAGUCCAGCCUGUCAGAAGAUAACUCAUGCUCUCUUCCUGUGAGCAAAACUCUAGCUCUUGAUCCCAGCAACCUUUUGUGUGGAGUUGAUGAUCAGCCAAGACCGCUGCACAUCACUUGGCCUCACAGGUGGGAACAUGACAAAGAUCCAGAGAGUUUUUUUAAGGUAUUAAUGCAUCUAAAGGACUUAGGACUGAAUUUCCACGUCUCUGUCCUUGGAGAAACUUUUACAGAUGUCCCAGCCAAAUUGGAGUGCCCCCAAAGGAACUUUUCCUUGCUGUCUGUCUGGAGAACUGUCUCCCAAGCACAUGACAUUCAUACACCUUGCUCUGGAGAACUCAGCUACAGGGAUGCUGUUGGGUCUGUUAAAGCCAGGGCACUGGUGCUGUGUUUCCACUCACAGGGCUGGUCAGCAGAUAUAUUUUCAGAAGCCAAAAAGGCACUGGGAUCUUCAGUCUUACACUGGGGCUACUUACCCUGUAAAGAAGACUAUUUCCGAGUACUGUGCAUGGCUGAUGUUGUCAUCUCAACAGCUAAGCAUGAAUUCUUUGGAGUAGCAAUGUUGGAAGCUGUGUACUGUGGCUGUUACCCACUUUGUCCCAAAGACUUGGUUUAUCCUGAAAUAUUUCCAGCUGAGUAUCUGUAUUCCACACCUGAACAGCUUUCAAAAAGGCUCCAGAGUUUCUGCAAGAGACCAGAUAUUGUAAGAAAACAUCUUUAUAAGGGUGAAGUGGCUCCAUUUUCUUGGGCAGCCCUACAUGGUAAAUUCAGGUCUCUGCUCACAACAGAACCAAGGGAAGAUUUGUGACAGAUGGGGCUAAGUCACAAACUUGCAGCCUAAGGCAGAAUCUGAAGAACUUUCCAGAGUGUGCCCAUAUUUACCUGAUCAGAGAGAAAAGAAAAUCUGCAGAGGAAGCCGAGCCUGGCUGCUUGUCAUAGCUGACACAGAGCCAUCUGCCACAAACCUGUGGCGGCUUCAGAUCUCCAAUCCCUGCCACCACCCCAACUCAAAUUAAAUACAGAUUCCUAGAGACGUUAUGAUGGUUACACAUGUCCUCGGCAUCACAUGUAGGAGACUGUUCAAAAAAAAUAUGUGGCCUGUUGUAUAACCGCACUCAUGUAUCCCAUAUGUGGUGCCACAUUGAAUUUCCGGUUGAAUCCGUUUUUAUCCUUUGUACUGGAUGACAUGGUGCCUGAAUUCUUUCUUUCUGCCGACACGAUGGCAGCCAAACUGCAGCUUCAAACACUCACACUUGGCUGAGUUUCUACCUGGGUUGCCAGGUUAUCAUCCGAGCCUUCUUGUGUCCUCAAAGGGCCACGGGGCCUAGAAAGAGGAUCAGAAUGCUCCUGAACUAAUUGGGCAGCCAUCUCAAAGCCGCUGUAGGCAAAGGGCUGCUUUAGCACUUUUCUUUCAGCAAAUUAAUGACUCUCUGGCACAGGAGUUUUUAAGUGAAGGUAUUAAUAAGGGGUCUGGCAGGUAUUCCCCUGAUUCACAGAGUUUCAUUUGCAUUUAAUUAAUCUUAAAGAAACUUGCAAGAUAAACAGCUGUAAUUCGGACAAACAUGGCAGAUACAGUGAGUGAAGUCCUCUCAUCCAUAAAAUGAACACAAGAUACUUGUUUUAAAUUUUUUUUCUAUGGGAAAAAAUAGAGAAAUCAAAAUGCUUCUAACAAAACCAUAAUUUGGUACAAAUAUUCUUCAAAAUAUUUGCAUCCAACUACACAUAUACUCUUUCUGAGAUUAGUCACUUGUAAUUCUUGUAAUCAUGCUGCUCUGUUUGUUGGUGUAAAGAUAUUUUAAAUGGCUGGAUUGUAAAAUAAAUUUUUAAUAAACUGCCCGCUGUAAUUUUAA